AUGAAACUACCAACUGCUGUACUAUCAUCAAUCCUGCUUAUUUGUUCAGUUACUAUUGCCAAACCAAUUCUCCCUACUGAAACUACAGAUACUGUAUAUAACCCAUCUGCAACUCCUAAUCCAAACAGCAUAGACUUGGGUAGUCUUGAUUCACUUUCAGCUGACAUGAAGAAUUUGCUCAAAGAAUACUCAAAAGUACAUAAUGACUAUAAUAGGAAAAAAAAGGAAUGCGAAUUGAUAGAUCUUGAACAUAGUAAUCUACGGAGUACAAAGAGUCAUCUGGAAAAAAAGAUUUCUAAUUUGAAACGUAAAAUGCUAACAAACAAGUUUAAACUAAAAUCCAACAACGGCAACGAUCGAAUGAAGGAGCUUGAGCAGAAACUUGAAAAAGAAGAGUCUGAUUUUGCCUUUCUUCAAAGAAAAAAGAACAGGUGCAAAUUCGAGCUUAGUCGUUUCGAUUAUGAUUUGGAACUUAUCAUAAUAAGUCUUGUGGAGUUCGUUUUCAAAGAACCUUUUACUGCUCAAACACUCGAUGGCCAACUUUUGCGUAUCCUUUCACAUCCUAUCGUUAAACAAUACCUCGGCGAAUUAUGUGAACAAUCAUCAGCAUGCAGUGGUGGCUCUGGUCAAAGUUCUAACUUUGAACAGCAACGUCAAGAUCCACAACCGUCACCGCAAACACAGUCUGGAUUUCGCUCCUUUGGACAGAGACUCUCCUCUGGUAUACGUAGUGGUUUCUCCAAAUUUGGUGAUAGGUUUAAAUCGCUCAUCGAUCAAUUCAGAAGUGAAAAUUAA